AUGAAUAAAGGAUAUAUUAAGGCUGCUUUGGCACUAUUAGGUGUCGCAGAAUAUAUACAAAAUAUAGCAUUUGCAAGCGAGCAUGCUUCAACCACCAUUCCUUCAAAUGUCAAAUAUAAACAACAAUUACAUCCUGCUCAUCACCAAGUUCCACAACAAUUACAUUCUGCUCCUCGACAAGUUCCACAACAAUUACAUUCUGCUCCUCGACAAGUUCCACAACAAUUACAUUCUGCUCCGCGCCAAGCUCCACAACAAUUACAUUCUGCUCCUCGUCAAGUUCCACAACAAUUACAUUCUGCUCCUCGACAAGUUCCACAACAAUUACAUUCUGCUCCUCGUCAAGUUCCACAACAAUUACAUCCUGCUCCUCGACAAGUUCCACAACAAUUACAUUCUGCUCCGCGCCAAGCUCCACAACAAUUAUAUUAUGCUCCUCACCAAGCUACACAACAAUUAUAUUCUGACCCUGACCAAGAUACACAACAAUUAUAUUCUGACCCUGACCAAGAUACACAACAAUUACCUUCCGCCCCUAACCACGAUAAACAUAAAGCAUAUUUCAUCCCUAUAGGAUUUAAACAAGAAGAAUAUUUCGAUCCUAUAGAAUUUAAACGCCAAUUAGCUUUGAAAUCUAAAGAAGGUAAAUUCGCAGAAUAUAUUAUGGGCGAAGCUUUAGAUAUUGCAAAAAAACAUGCCAUACAUAACUUUGAUUACAAUCUAUAUUAUGAUAAAAAUGGAAUACUUAUACAUUUUAAGAGAGUAAACGAUACUGAUAUUGGAAAAGUUGAAUUUACAAUCCCCAACCCCAAUAGUUAUAAUGGUGUAAUAAAGAUGCUAUGGGAUCCCAAUGGCGAAAAGAACUUCAAUAUGACAUUCAUUGGAGGAAGCAUUUCUCGAAUGUACAAUAAAAAUUUAGUUAUUGUGCAACAUCGUUACAAAGGCAUGGCAUGGGAUAGAUAUUAUCAUGCAAUAGCCAACAAAGUUGAAUUAUCAAGAGAUGAAACUGCAAUUAUCUUGGUUUCAUCAGAUAUGAAUGAUCAUAGUGCUUUAACCUAUAAAAAUUAUAUAAAUUGUAUUGUAGAAAGUGCAAACACAUUUACUCCUGAUAUUGAUUCUGAAGAAGAUAUUAGAAGUGCAAAAUUAAACAAAUUUUAUAUUAACUUAAUAGCAUUUUUUAUUAAAAGGGAAGCCAAUGGCGUUAAAAUUACCCACCUCAGCUCUAUUGAUCAUGACAUUGCUUCCGAUGAUCCAGAAGAAUCUCUUAGAAAUAUGACAGUCCGAACAAUGCUAAAUGUCGUCAAACUAAGAGAUAUUUUUAAAAAGUAA